UAUGGUACUUAUGUAGCUGUAUCUUAUGGUCCGUUACGGGUAUAAUAUUUCUAUAGUCACGACUGUCAUUGUGCUCGUGUUAGUGGCUGUAUACUGAAUACAGCCAAAUGACCAUUGCAUAAAAUGUUAUAAAUACCAAACAUAAUAAUUUGUUAUUACUGAUGCUGCAGUUUUUGUAUUUCAGUACGACCGGCGAAGUGACAUAAGCCUAAUAUGGCUACUGUUAAAGUAACCGAACAGAAGGUUAUUCUGUGCGGGGAAUACGGUGUUGGAAAGACUUCUAUAUUUAGACGUUUUGCGAACAAUACUUUUGUAACAAGCAGCGAUCGCAAGUCUACAUUGGGUCUCGAUAAUAUCGAUAAAGAAUAUGUUGUUGAAGACAGACGAAUACGAUUGCAAUUAUGGGAUACAGGUGGAAUGGAAAGAGUUGCAUCAGUAACAUCAAGCUAUUAUAAAUUUGCAGAAGCUGCUAUACUAGUUUUUGCAUUAGAUAAUUCAACGUCUUUCCAUCUUUUAUCUCAACAUUUGCUUGAUAUUGUCACAUAUGCUGAAAAUGCAAAAAUAUUUCUGUGUGGGAAUAAAAGUGAUUUGGAAAGCACAGCUCCACAAGUUACAGAUGCAGAAAUGGAACAAUUUUGUGAACAAUGUCACAAUUUAAUUUCUGGCAUAUAUAAGACAUCAUGUAAGACUGGAGAAGGCAUACAUGAAAUGUUUGAAGAUAUAGCACAGCAUCUAGUGGAAGCUAAUAGAUCACGCAUGGAACUGCAUGAAAUGGACAAAGACAGAUUUAAAAUUUCGUAUAUUGAUGAAGCUGCUGAUCCAUCAUGUUUGUGCUAAAUAAUAAAUAUUAGCAAGUGUAUGAUCCUGAAGCAACAUUUUUUAUAACUAGGAUAACUCAGUACAUGGUAAUAAAGUGUGAAGAGUAAAAUUACUUUUUUAUAUCAAAUAAUGGUAAUGCCAAGCUUUUCUAUAAGAGAAAGCACCCUAAAAUAAAAAAUGGGAGGAGUAAGGGAAGUAUUAGAAGAAUUUAUAUACAAUCGAAGUUAAAUUUUAAAGAAGUCAUGAAAGCAAAGAAUUUUAAAUAAACAUUUAUUAGAUAUUGAAA